AAUCUUUAUGGGACGGAGGGAGUAGUAGAGUUUCUUAGAAUAAUCUUGUCUCUUCCGUUAGCUACUGCACAUUGAGGAAGCUUAUUCUCAUCUGGUAAACUCUAAUCAUUAUAUGUUGUUUUUUUAAUUGGACUAAACAGAUUUGAUUUUGAUGUUUUACUACCAAGAUGCUGCUUGGCUUGGCUGUCGAUGAUUUGAUUUUCUUGUUUGAUACGAGUGCUGUCUGCCAGUUACCAUUCCUCUGAAAAAUAUCGCUACUGUAAACUCGUGGUCAAGUUUUCGCUGUUAUCGCUUUAGGGGGUCUGAUUAUGCAUUGAAACAUCGAGUUAUCUUGCCAAAUGCCAAGUUGCCAGAUACACUUCACUGUCCUAUCUCAGUCUCCUAGUCCUAGUAUAUAUACAUCUAAUUCAGUCAUCAGAUAUAAUUUAUGUUCCCCGGUGUUUGGUGCUUGUGGUGGCUAAUAAGUUUUCUUUAACUGAAUGGUUAUCCAGCCGGAAAAAAGAUGUUGCUGCCGUAACUAGGAAGAUGUUCCUGUAGUCCAUCGAUCAGCCGCGGCGUCAUUAGUUCCUGCGCAGACUGUACAAAACUGACCCAGAGGAUGCAGGUUUUGAUGCGCAGGAUCAGCUUGCUCUUUCAGGCUAACACAUCUUCUUUUGUAAUGUGAUCGCCAAAUAAACAUCCAAGAAGGCCUUAUAUGGAUACUAAUUAGUAUAUGCGCGGCCAUUAUAUGGACGCUAAAUUGCUAAAGGUAACGGACAAUUUUAGGCGCCUUUGAUUGCAUCUCAUUAUUCUCGGCUAAAGAUAAGGCACAAUUCCAAGAUGCAAAUACUCCAUAACUCAAUUCCAAAACGCAUGCAUUUAGUUCCUUCCCUAUAAGGGAUUGCAGCCCAGAAGCUCCUCCAUAAACUCCACCAACCAAAACAAAAAAAGAUCAGUUCAAAACUAACAACAGAACGAGCAUGAGGACUCCAACAUCCCUGUUGCUGCUGCUCUUCGUCGUCCUCCUCGUCUCCGUCCAACGCGACGACGCCGCCGCCGCCGCCGCCGCCAACGAGGAAUACCAGCCGGGCCCGGAGAAGGUGACGAAGCUCCACUUCUACCUGCACGACACCCUGAGCGGCAAGGACCCGGGCGCCGUCCUGGUGGCGCGCGGCGCCGCGGCGCCGCUCGCGAGGCCCGGGGACCCGACGCCCUUCAGCUCCGUGUACGCCACCGACGACGUGCUCACGGAGGGGCCCCAGAGGGCGUCGAGGGUGGUCGGGAGCGCGCAGGGGCUCUACGUGUCGUCGGGGAGGAAAGGCCUGUCGCUGGUCCUGGGCAUGGACUUCGAGCUCACGGACCACGGCAACGGCUCCUCCUUCGUCGUCUUCUCCCGGAACCCCGUCCUGGCCGGGGACGGCAGGGAGCUCGCCGUCGUGGGCGGCCGCGGCAAGUUCCGGAUGGCGCGCGGGUUCGCGUUGCUGCGGACGCAGUACCUCGACACCGGCAACGGGGACGCCAUCGUCGAGUACAACGUGACUCUCUUCCACCACUGA